ACCGGUUUCAAAAAAACGCCCCCAGAACCCAAAAUGCACCCACCCUCCGCCAACAACCCCCUUCACACUUCCCACAUUUGGACUCCUUCCAUGAGGUGGAGUCACCCCCCAAAAGAUCAAAAGAAAGCCCCACACCUCGAAUCCUCAUGCACCUUAUAACACGCCAGCCCGCACGUCCGGGCGUGGCAAUUCUUGCACCGGAUCUUGCCCCAGUACCCGCACAUGCAGCAGAAGUGCCGCUGCGAGCGGCGGGGCGCGAUCGGCGAGCCCGCGCGGGCCGCGUGGUACGUCAGCGGCGGCUCGGCCAGCAGGGCCUGCAUGAUGCGCUCGGAGGGAGCGGCGGGGAGGUACGAGCGGAGAAGCGGGUUGGAGUCGUGUUCGGAGCGGAUGAGGGUUGUGGUGUUUGGUUCUUCGGGGGCUUUUUCUUCCGGCUUCGGGGUGGGGUGGUCGUGGUCUUGGUCGGUUGUGGUAGCCGGGGAGCCGGUGGUGGUAUCGGGGACGGGGACGGGGACGGGGGUUGUUGCUGGGUGGGUUGAGGCGUGGGAGGAGGGGGGUUGUGGUUGCGGUUGUGGUUGGGAAGGGGGUAUGGAGGGUUGUUUCUUCGUGCCGCGGUGGUGGUGGUCGCCUCGAGAGGAGACCGGGGUGGAGCUGCGGCGGAGGGAGGACGGGGUCGUGGCUGCUGUGCUGGGUUUCGUGAUUCGGUGGAUCGAGCCUCUGUGUCCUGUCGCACUACCGCCACCGGCCGCCGCCGCCGCUGCUGCUGCUGCUGAGGAGGAGGAGGGGUUUGUUGCGCUGGUGUUUCCUGGCGUGGCGGCGGCGGUGUUGGCUUGAGCGGCUUCUUCGUCGUCGAGGUAGUUGCGGAAGGU